CCAAUCCGAGUUCCGACGGACCGCCAUAGCACCGACUUUAAACCAUCCCGUGAUGAAUCAAGAAAGAGAUAUUUAAUUUUUUCUUCGUACGAAUUUCAGACAAAAAUAGAAUAGAGAACGGGCAAAGGAGGAAAUGAAUGGGCCGCCGGAGAACGAUCUUUGCUCGAUAUGUCAUUCCCACUUCACUGCUCCUUGCCAAGCCAAUUGCUCUCAUUGGUUCUGCGGAAAUUGCAUAAUGCUUGUGUGGAGGCAUGGAUCUACACUACAGCCAUGCAAAUGCCCCUUGUGCCGUCGUCCCAUAAGUUUGCUCGUUCCUACAGAAGACACUAUCAGAAACCGUAGUGACUCUGCAGUUUCUGAGGUUCUUGCUAAUCUUGAAACCUACAACCGAUACUUUGGUGGACGAUCAACUAGUUUGUUUCAGAGGAUGCAAGACCUUCCCUUCUUACUUCGGAGAUUGUUGCGGGAAAUGAUGGAUCCUCAAAGAACCCUUCCACUUGUCAUCAGAGCUCGAGUUUAUAUUGCAAUGAUUCUCAGUGCUGUUUACAUAGUCAGUCCAAUAGAUAUCAUUCCAGAAGGAGUUCUUGGGGUAGUCGGUUUGCUUGAUGAUCUACUCAUAGCAUUGAUUUGCUUCCUCCAUGUUGCUGCUUUGUACCGUUCGGUUCUCUAUUUCCGUCAUGCCGGUUCGUGAACCAAUAAAUGUUUUUGACAUUAUGUACUUACGUUUUGUCUUUGCCUGUCUUUGAUCACUUAACCUUUAUAAACACGAUAGUGUUCUGUUUUGACUAUGGAAACUGAAAUGGGUGAGGAUGAUAGGACCAUAGAACAAAAAGGCUUGGACCACAAAUCAAUAAUCAUUCUAGGUUAUAUGCGCAUCUUCGUUCCUGAAACCUACGGAUCAAUCUUUUUGACCAUUCCACUCAUGACUCAGUGUCACUUACGGUUUGACGAAGAAAAUGUGAGAUUGAUGGGAUCAUAAGAUAAGAACAGGAACUUAAUUUUCACUCUCAAUUCCACUAAUCCAAUUAUCUUUCACAAGCUUCAGUAUUCAUAACUAAAGUGUGACCAUUUACAUUGAGUGGUCCUCUUCUAGAAACUUUGAUGAGUUUAUUACCUCAGUGACUGCUGAAAAGUCAUCCAUGGGCGGCUCGUGAUCCAUCCUGAACGAAUCAACGUCGUUCUUAGCCCAAGUCUCACUUGGGAAAACCAGGUUAUUGCAAAUGGAUCUUUUAUGGUGAAUAUGCGAAAAAGCAAAAGUGGUUUCGCAUUAGUCUCCAAGUGUUGAACAGUUUCUUCCAGUCAUAGAGACAACACACUGUGUCACGGUAGAUGAUGAGUGGACCACAAGAUGGAGCCACCACUUUUUUGUCUCAACAUGGUCACACGUGCAUAGACAUAGGUCGACGAGGCUUGUGUUCACAUGUAACACUCAGAAACACAUACGCGUGAAAAACUCAUCUUUUUAAUGUGCAUGUACCGAAAGUGACGUUGCUCCACUGGACUCACCGCCUAAAACUAAAACCCAUCUUUAAAACUUGUCUCCUCUAUUCUAGCCUCCAUCUAAAUUAAAUGCAUUCGCAACAAAACAUAUCAAUGUUUUUUUCUCUUCAUGAUUCAGCGAGAUUGUAAUCAAUCUUUUCCUUUUAGUGGUAUAGUACUUAUAAUGCCUAUUACAUAAACAAAAUAUACGCAUAGUAAUUUAAAGAACUGCCCAUGAAGUUGCAUAAUGUUAUGUCUUGUAAACAAGUGUAUUUGUAAUAACGUGACGCUGUGUUAUUAGAGGUAUGGAGACAGAUAUGCUAUUCUUUAUCUGCUUCUCCUCUCGAUCAAUAUUAUUAUCAUUGUUGGAACGGUCCUACUCUACGAAUUAUAGAUGGUAGACACCCAUCACAUUUACAUUAUUGUAUAAAUUUAUAAUGUUCGCUAAACCUCGGCCCUACAAUCACUAUUUGGCUAGCUAUUUUACCCUCACAGAAACCUCAUUUAUUUAGUGUUCUAGAACUUCUAUUUUAUAUAAUAUCAGCAAACUUAGUGUGAUCGUUUCCUGCCAAUAAUGUCUUUACAUAGUGGAAAUUGCAAUUCUUGAUAUGUUAUGCAUGGAAGAUCAUCUAUUUUAUAAAUUUUAUGCAUAUAAGAUCUUUGAAAACAAAAACUGUAAUAAUUAAAGUCUAUAGGGAUCAGCGGACUCUAUUUUUUCUGUAUAUUGAUAUCAUGAUAGAAAAUGUAUGAGCUUAUAUAAAGUAUCGAUUCAUUUGAAACUCCAACGAAUUUAUAAUACUUAAAUAGUAUAUAGUAAAAAAAUGAAUAGUUACAAUAUAUAACAUAAGGUUUGUCUCUUACGUUGUUACCUUGAUUCACUAAUGCAUCUACCAAUCUCUACUAUUGGGAGAGAAAAAUAUAUAACAGAGUUUCUUGAAUAUGUUUCUACCAUAUCAUAUGUAGGGCUCCAAUAUGGAAAACGACAUGGAAAAGAAAGUAGCCAAUGUGAAAAGGGAAGGGGAUACAGCUGGGGGAGUCAGCAUCCAAGAUCUUUCUAUGAUCCGGAUUUCAUUUCUCCAAAUAAUUUAUACCGUAUCUCUUCCCAAUUAUCCGAUAUUAACUAUUAUAGAAUCAACUAAUAAAGAGAAUGUAAACCUAGACUUAUAUUGUUGACAAAAAAAACCUUGACUAUAUAAGAAAAUCGUAGAAGACAGUAGUGUGGCGUUAGUGAUAUUUUCACUGUUUGUUGUUGUUGUUGUGUAUGCACAAGAAAAUAUUUUUGAUAAAGAAAAUACCAAGUUAGUAUAUAGUAGCUCCUAUAAAUUUAGUACACGAUAAGGUUACUUCUAAGAUAAGUUAGUUGUUAUCAGAUGUUUACUUGAUAGAUAAUAACCUCACAGUACUUUAACUUUUUGCUUUGUGUGUUUAAUGGCUAAACAGUUUUGUAGAGGGAUAACAUUACUAUUGGCUCAAAAAAAAAAAAAAAAAAAAGAGGGAUAACAUUACUCUUUGACAUGCAUCAGAAAGAGAAUGACCAAUUGUUAGUUUCCAUAAUAAAUCGGUAAAUAUAAAUUGUAGAUAAACAAGAAUUAGAUUCUGAUCAAAGGGAUAACAUUGAGCUAUGGAUGUAGAAAGAAAAGGACAAUGAAGAGGUUAAACGAUUCUUAUCAUACUUCACUUAAAAGGGUAAUCCACGCAAUUUGAUUUAAAAAAAAAAAGUUCCACGCAACAACAUUUUUAUCUUCCUUUUUUAUGUUCUUUUAGUUUUUUUCCAGACUGUAAGCGAAUAUUAACGGUACAUAAAGAACUGUUCCUCCCUUUCUGCCUAACCAUUAUGUUGUUUUUAAAAGGUCAUAUUCUGUAGAUUCUGUUAAAACUAGGGAAAUUUCCAACAUUUUUAUAAUAAUUUUAUCAGGAUUAAUCUAACAACUAUAACUGCAAAAUGAAGGUUAUCUGUAUUUUAUUUUGUAAAUGUAAAAUCGCUGGAAGUAUAGUUUUCGAAAGACAACUAAUUUGUUAAGAACUAUGCAAGAAAGUUUUCACCAAAGAAAACUAUGCAAGAAACAAAAACAGUAAGUAAAAAGUGAUGAGUUGCCUAAUUGGUACCUCUACAUGUGAAA